CGAAGUGACGCUAUGGACUUCCAUUUUAUUAUAUAUAUAUUUUUCAUUUUAGGAACAAUAACAAUUCAAAUAGAAGCAUCUGAUGUCACUUCGAAAGCAGAUUGUAAUCUUUCACCAUGCGAUGUCUUGGAUGUAUUUAGUAACAAUCCCAAGCCGGGACAAACAAUUAGUACGGGCUGCACGAGUGACUUGCAUUGGCGGAAACUCGACCGACGACUACAGUCUAUUGAACAACCCGUAUGGACAAUAAGUUUUAGUCAAUCGCGCUGGCGACAAUGUUCUAAGAGUUCCUGUAGGUGCGAUUCAGUUCACCGGUCCCUAAAUUGUUGGAGGGCCGGCCUCACAUCCCUCUCACCAGAACUCAUCGUGCCAGCGGAUCUAUACACUAUAGACCUAGGAACCAACAAACUCCGCACGUUACAUAAGACGACAUUCAAAGGAAUGCGUUCUUUAACAGAGUUGGAUAUGUUCGAUAAUCACGUUGAAUUCUUGCCUCCUGGAAUUUUUGAUUCACUUGUUAAUUUGCGAAUACUCCGCCUACAAAGAAAUUACUUAGAAGAAAUUGACGGAGAGGCCUUUCGAUACACGAAAAGACUUUUUCAUGUGGAUUUAUCAAAUAAUUUCCUUUACACCCUUCCAGAAAGACUAUUUGUUAACAACUCUUAUUUGGAAACUAUUGAUUUAUCGAAUAAUCAAAUUAUUUAUAUGCCUUCUGAUACUUUUAUCGGCCUGAAAUCGCUACUGAUUCUUGACUUAUCAAGAAAUAAAAUUCUACAAAUAGAAAAUGCAACAUUUAUAUUGAAUCGUCUUCAAAUACUGAAACUUUCAGAUAAUAAAAUAACUAAUAUUACCGAGAAUGCUUUUGAAAGUCUUUCUUCUUUGGAGACAUUAUUGCUUGAUAAAAAUGAUUUAAGAAACAUACCUACCGCUCUGUUUCGAAGACUUUAUUGUUUAAAUUUUUUAGAUUUGUCAAAUAACGACAUUGUAAGCUUGACUGGACUCGAGUUUCAAAGUUUAAGUCAGCUCCGAAAUUUAGAUUUGAAAGGAAAUUUAAUAUCAGAAAUUCCAGACGACACAUUUGCCAACUGUUCAAACUUAGAAAAAAUUGACUUGUCCAAAAAUAAAUUGCGAUACCUAAACGCUUCAGCAUUUCGUGGUUUGGAAAAUCUAACAACUCUCAUACUGUCCGAUAACCAGAUAUACGAAGUACAUUUUAAGACUUUUUUUAAUUUAAAGAAUCUUACAACAUUAUACUUGGAUAGUAACAUGUUUCCAUCUAUGCCGUCUCGUACAUUGGAUUACAUGCCUAAACUUGCUAAUGUGAAACUUUCAAACAACCCCUGGCACUGUGACUGUCACGCCCUCUACAUAUCCGCAUGGGUUCGUUUAAACGAAAUGAAGAUAUGGGAUUAUUCGCCGACAUGUAUCUCACCUUGGUAUUUAGAAGGACAUUUCCUGAAGAAACUGAAGUUCCCUGAACUGUGCACUGGACAAUGGGCCAGUAUGGUGAAUCUGUCGCCUCGCUUACCGAUGCAGCAGCUACUAUCGCUCAACGUGACAGUUAAUCAGAAGCCUCAAGGCAGCAUCGAGCAAUCCAAUGACGAUAUUGAAGAAUGGUGAUAUGUCACUUCAAUUAAAUUCAUUUAAAUGACAAGAUAUACGCGGAGAAUUCAACAAAAUAUGUAGCUGAUAUUAUUUAUACAUAAAAUCCAAUGUUCUAACGACUUAUGCUAUUUCGCAAUAUUUUCAAUGUAAUGAAAUCAUAAACAUGAUAGUAGAAAAUUGUUAAUGAAAUUCAAAUCAUUUCAUUUUUAUAUUGUCCAUUACACAUAAAAUACUUUCCUAUUAAAAUAUACAUCUCUUUAAUAAUCGGCAUAACAGAAAUAUUUAUACAAUAAGGUUUAAUUAUAUAAAAUUUCGAAUAUGAAAUACAUAAACUAAAAUACACGAAUCGAAUUAAUGUAAGGAGAUAAGAAUGAUAAGAUAAAACGGCAUGACCACAUUAUUGAUUUCAAUAAAAUUGAUAAAGAACAACGAAAACAAUAUUAUUUUGAUUUUCAUUCAUAGGAACAACAACGUUCUGGAAACAGGAACGCAUUUAAAUAUUAAUAACUUGAUUAUUUGAUCUCUAAAUUUAUAUAUAACGCACAAAUAGCUAUAAAGAAUGUUUUUAUAAUAGUCACAUUAUUGUUGUAUAUAAAAGAGUGCGAUAAGUAACAGCAAUUCUGUGUCGUUGUAUUUGAUUUAGAGAACUUGAUUUUCUUCAUGUCCUAAACAAAAUUAAGCUCUCUUCAACUUUGCUAUUCACGUUAGAAAUGUCUCAUACAAAUCCUGUUAUGAAAAUCACUACUUUAAUUUUUUUA